AUGAUGAAGAAGAACAGAAAUAGCAGAAGAGGUAAAUCAAACUUCGGAAAAGGGAAGAUGAAUAAUGAUAACGACAAAAAUGAUGGAAGAUGCUACAAGUGUGGAAAACAUGGACACAUCCAAGCUGAAUGCCCUAAACUGAAAAAGAAACUUAGCAGGAACUUUCAAAAGAAGAAAUCCUUUGGAUCUUGGAGUGAUGAAGAAGAAUCUGAUCAUGAAGAAAUCGCUAACAUGUGCUUCAUGUCCAUUAAUGAAGAUAGCGAUGAAGACUCAGGUGAACUUGGUAUCAUGGUAGACGUAGGUAAAAGUGAGGUACGCCUUCCUACAUGUCCUAACUAUCAUGAACUUCAAGAAUUUAUUGACAUUGCUCUUGCAGAUAUUGAGAAAGUUCUGAAUGAACUUCGAAAAAUCCAGAGAAAAGAAAGAUUGGGCUUUGAAGUUGGAAUUUUAGAAUCAGAGGAGAAAAAGCCUCUGAAAAUUCUAAUAACCCCUCAUGUUUCUACUAUGGAAAACUCGGUCAUACCUCUAACCAUUGCAGGUUUAAGAACAGCAGGAGAUGGGUCUGGCAACCCAAGCCCUCUAGACCAUUGCAAGAAGAAUAGAAAAGUGGAAUGGUAUCUUGAUAGCGCAUGUUCCAUACAUAUGACUGGUGACAAACAACUGUUCAAGACGGUCACCAAACUAGAUGGAGGAACUGCCACGUUUGGAGACAAAUCAAAAGGGAUGUAA